GGGUUUUCCUUUUUGUUUUGUUUGAAAAAAAGGUUUCAUCAGUAUCAAGUGGUGGGCAGAGGUCUCCCAACAGAAGCAGAUGAGCAUCCCAAGAUUUACCGUAUGAAGCUUUGGGCCACCAACGAAGUCCGUGCCAAAUCCAAAUUUUGGUAUUUCCUGAGGAAGCUGAAGAAGGUGAAGAAAAUUAAUGGGCAGGUUUUGGCCAUCAAUGAGGUAUUCACCAUUAAAAACCCUACGAAGAUUAAGAACCAUGGUAUUUGGCUGCGAUAUCAAAGUAGAACUGGUUAUCACAAUAUGUACAAGGAGUACCGAGACACAACUCUCAAUGGUGCCGUAGAACAGAUGUACACUGAGAUGGCUUCUCGUCAUAGAGUGAGGUUUCCUUGUAUUCAAAUCAUCAAGAUAGCUACUAUCCCAGCGAAACUUUGCAAGAGGGACAACACCAAGCAGUUCCACAACUCCAAGAUCAAAUUCCCACUGGUAGUGAAGAAGGUCAGGCCACCAACUAGGAACCUUAAGACGACUUACAAGGCUACUAGACCCAACUUGUUCAUGUAGUUGUCUUCCUGAUUGGCGGUGGUAGGCCUAAAGCAUUUUAGUUUUGGUUACUUCACUUAUUAGAUUGAGAGGUGUAAUCAAAACUUGAACACCUUUUGAUGAGUUAAAUAUAAAUUUGGUGAUAAUGGUGAAUUACAAUUUAUAAUA